AGCAACAGCACAGGCGCUCAGAGGUACAGGGAAGCCAGGAUCCUUCGCAACUCUUACAGACUGCUGUGAUGCUGCCUGCGACUUUCAAGCUGUGUGCCGGCAUUUCCUACAGACACCUGCACAGCACAAUGGGCUUGAAGAGACAAGCGGCUGCUGCAAUUGUCCAGGAGCUGAAUAAAUUUGCAGUUACCAGGCCUGGUCCCAGCAAGUGGAUCAAUCACGUGCGCAGAAGGAGCUCUUUACUAAGUUCUAGACUGGAAGAGAAUCCCUUCAAUGAAAUGGAGAUGUCCUACAUCAAACAAGGAGAUGAGGCGCUUCAGAAAUCACUUAACAUUCUUGGAGAGCAGGAUGGCUGGAAGACAGAGACAGUGAUGGACAAUGGUGACAAAGUCCUGAGCAAAGUCCUCCCAGAUGUGGGGAAAGUAUUCCGGCUAGAGGUGGUGGUUGAUAAACCCCUGGACUGCGUCUAUAGCGAGUUAGUGGAAAGGAUGGAGCAGAUGGGAGAAUGGAACCCGAAUGUCAAAGAAGUCAAGAUCUUGCAGAAGAUCGGCAGCGACACGGUGAUCACUCACGAAACUGCAGCCCCAACCCCUGGCAACAUAGUUGGGCCACGAGACUUUGUGAGUGUCCGUUGUUCCAAGAGGCGAGGCUCAACCUGUGUCCUGGCUGGCAUGUCCACCACCUAUGCAGCGAUGCCUGAACAAAAAGGGGUUAUUAGAGCUGAGAAUGGUCCCACAUGUAUGGUUCUUCGGCCACUCCUUGGUGACCCCUCCCAGACCAAGUUAACCUGGCUUCUCAGCAUCGACCUCAAGGGAUGGCUGCCCAAGACCCUCAUCAACCAAGUCCUCUCUCAAACCCAGGUGGAUUUUGCUAAGCAUCUGCGCAACCAUUUGAGCAGCAAUUCCGCCUCCAUGCAGCAGGCUGUGCGCUGUUGAAGUGGCCGCACACACGCAACACACUCCUUGUGGCUGAUGAAUCCCUUCCCCGGCUCAAGGAUCUUUCCCUGGCAGCUGAGGCCUCCUGCUCCAGAAAAUGGGUACAAGGACAUCCAUCUCUCCUGCUAGAAAACAGGCUUCCUGCCUGCUCCUCUGAGGCAGCUUCUUUAUCUUCUCCCCAAAGCAAGAGUGGGAAAGCUUCUCAGUGGUUGUUGUUCUCAGGUCUGUUGUGGGUCACAUUUCAGCCGUGGGCCUUGCCAGAGCCAAAAGGCAGAAUAGGCCACCUCUUCCUCUCCCUCCUUCAUUUCACCCCCUCUUUUCUCACAUCCACACCAUACAUUGAAGCACUUAAACUGUUUUCAUUGUCCUGGCUUCACCCAAAGAAUACUGGGAACUGUGCUUUAUUAAGGGUGCUGAUCUCGCAGAACUAGAAUUCCCACCACCCUUGACCAACUACAGCUCCCAGGAUUCUCCCUGAGUAUUAAAGUGGUAUAAGAGAGUAUAUGGUGUAGCUGUGAUCUCUCUCUUAAGCUUGUAGGGGGCGGGGCAAAUCACUCUUCUCAGAGGUUCAAAAUGAUGGCUUUCAGAAAUCUUCUGAAAUUGGGCAGGUGGGCUUGAAGGUUGCCCCCACCCCCAGUUGAAAGGAUUGAACAGCAGAAAAAAUCAUCCUAGUUGCUUGCUUCACUGAUCUUUUGAUGACAAAGUGCAGGACUAGAAUUUGCAGCCCUGGGUUUGUUAAAGAGGUUUCCUUUUGAAAGGUGUGUCUGAAAUACCCCGAAAACAGAGCCAAGUUAACUGAUCUCACAGAACAACUUAAGCUAUUAUCUUACUUUUUAAAAACCAGCAGAAUCUAGUGCCAUUUAUAUUUUAAUUUAUUGCAUUUAUGUCCCAUUUUUUUGUUUCAGGAGGAGCAUGGGGUGUGCAUGUUCCCCCAUUUCCCCCCUCCUAAUGAGAUGGUGGGUUGGGCUUGAGUAAGGGCCCCUCCAUUGCAACCUGUUUAUUGAUUUGCUUGCACAAAGUUUACCAAGGAUUCCUCUUGACUUGUUUAUGGGGUGGUGACAGUCAGCAUUCAUGCCGAUUUGCUUGUGGAGUGCUUAUCACUCUGGGUUAAUCAUUCAUUCGACACUUUUCAAUGCAUUCCCUCAUUACUUUCCUAACCACAAAAAGUCUGCAGGUGUGUGUGUGUGUUUUGUGCUGCGGUAACAGAAUGCUUUAAUCCACUUCAUUGGAACAAGCCUAAAUUUCUAGGUAUGCACUUGAACCCCUUCUACAAAAUACUAACAGCCUGGAGAAACCCCAAGAGGUAGCCGUUGGCCCAAAGUCAACCAGAGUUUCUCAGAACUGCGUGAGAUUUGAAGCAGGGUGUCUGCAGCCUAAUCUGGCAGCACUCUACCCACUGCACUGCACUGCUUCUCCAUGCCUGAUUUAGAAACAGUCUGCUUGGGCCAGUUUGUGAAUCUGUGCUAUGCAACACCUCCUAUUUUACACUCAGCUGGCCUCUCCUGAACUGACUGGUUGAGGGAACCUCAGCAGCGUGGCAGAGCUGCUGCCUUGCAUGCAGAAGGCCUCCUGCACUGUCCCUGGACCUGCCAACUAAACAAGAAAGGCUCAGGGAGCAGGUGACAUGGAAGAUCUCAGAGAAGCGCUGCCAGCGAGAGGAAACAAGGCUAGGCUAGUUGGACAUAUCAUCUGGCUUACUGUGCAAUGGAAGGGCAUAAGGGAAGUCCUCCUGGAGCAAGCCAAAUACCCAUCUAAGUAUAGGAUCCUGUUGGCAUGGCGGCAAGCCAGAUGCCCCUGGGAUGCCUGCAAGCAGGAACUCAGCACAAAAGCACUCUCCAUACUUGCAGUUCCCAGAAGCUGGCACCCAGAGGCAUGCUCUCGUCAACAGUGGAGCCGGAUCUCCAUCUUAGCUGCCUAUGUUCCUAACUCUCUCUUAAGUAUUGUGCCCAUAGUGACAGCCUAUCGGAAAGCUUUUGUACAUGGGAUCAGAAAAGAGCCAGUGCCUGUUCCAGGUUUCCAGGGGGACCUGGUGCAAGAUGUUCUCCCUGUCUCUGCAUGUGCCCCCCACCCCGAGUACAGCUACUUCCUCCACUGGGUCACUACUGCCCCCCCUCUCUCCCUGGAAGCCCUUCUGUACCAGGACAAGGCCUACAGAUGUUGCUGCUCCUUCGCCUUGCUUUCUCACUUAGAGAAGGCAGGGGGAAAGGCAGCACCAGCAACCAGGAACAGCAGGGCAAAGUAGCUCCAAGGAUGGGUUGUGGGCAUGAGCCCAACAAUGCUGGCUGUAACCUAUGUCCAACAUGCAAGUAGAUCAAUGCAGUUUGAACUCCUUUAUCUUAGUGGGCUUGGUAGCAAGGCGCUUGUUUUGUCUGGAUGUCCAUAGCAGCAGGCCAUGCAUUAAAACAAAGUGACAGGCCAUGCAUUAAAACAAAGUGACUUAACUGCUAACCAUCCUUUGUAGCUUAAAAGCUACAAUCACCACAGAGCAAGACCCUGCUGAAUAAAAAUAGUGCAUUUGUAGCAUCUCUGUUUCCCCACCAGUCUCUUGGCUCUCUGGCCAAGGCCUUUCCUCCUCUCCCUCCCUGUCCACAUAGAGCUUUGGGUGACUGCACUGUAUUCAACCCCUUGUGUUUUAGGGGAAGAGCAAUAAGCUCCGUAGGACAGCAUUUGCUUUACAUGCAGAUAGUUCUACAUCUAAUCUCCAGCUGGAGAGACCCCUCUCUGAAGUCCUGGAGUCAGUGCUGCCAGUCAGUGUUGACAAUGUGGAGCUAAGAGGGACCAAGGGUCUGAUUCAGUAUAAGGCAACUUACUAUAUUCUUCAAGACCAGAGCAGGGGAGCAGUUAAAACACGCACACAAACACAAAUCUCAGUAACUACCAGCGUCACCCUGGUCAAUGAGUUUCUUUAAAAACAAAUUAGUUUCAAUGCAAAUAUGUAUUCCAUAUUGUUUGUUGUUAAGCUUAAAAUAAGAUAGGUACACUCCUAAACUCACUUUGUGAAUCUGUGAUCCCCAAAGUCUGACCUCAGGCUUGGUGUUGGCACAUUAUCCAGCCUCACAAUAGAUUUUACUAUUUCAGCUACCAGAACCCUUGAAUAUGCCAUUACUCAUAACCACCUGUUGUUGUAUUUUAAAAAAAACCUGUAGGUAUUUUCCUCCCUUGUUUGCAGUUGGACAAAGUGUUUAUUUAAUAUUUAUUCAAGUCAGGUAUAUUAAACAUGAAAAGCCUGUUCUGUUUUACUCUUGCAUUCUUGGUUAACAUCUUUUCAAAAACUGGCAGUGUGAAGAUUUUGUGUGUUUAGACACUAAUGCCAGGUGAAAAUGAAUAACAGCUUCUUUGAUCAGAGACAUUAAAAUUUGUAUUUUACAAGAGUAGCAGAAAACUGUGCUCAAAGUUUAUGUACUUCUGAAAAUAAAAAUGUAGU